CAGCUCUGGAGGGACGGGCCUGAAGGGGCGGAGCCCGCAGGGGACGCGACCCUGCCUGACCACCUCUGCGAAUCCAGUCCUGCUGGUCGCGCGCAGCUCGCAGCCCGCCACCCUGCUCCGUGCCACCAGCAUGUCUUUCGUCCCAGUGGCCGAGGAUUCCGACUUCCCCAUCCACAACCUGCCCUACGGCGUCUUCUCCACCAAAGGCAACCCAAGACCAAGGAUCGGCGUGGCGAUUGGUGACCAGAUCCUAGACCUCAGUGUCAUUAAGCACCUCUUCACUGGGCCUGUCCUCUCCCAACACCAGGAUGUCUUUGAUCAGCCAGCUCUCAACAGCUUCAUGGGCCUGGGUCAGGCUGCCUGGAAGGAGGCAAGAGGAUUGUUGCAGAACCUGCUGUCCGCCAGCCAGGCCAGGCUCAGAGAUGACACAGAGCUUCGGAAGCGUGCAUUCACCUCCCAGGCUUCUGCCACAAUGCAUCUUCCGGCCACCAUAGGCGACUACACGGACUUCUAUUCCUCUCGGCACCACGCCACCAAUGUCGGAGUCAUGUUCAGGGGCACAGAGAACCCGUUGAUGCCCAAUUGGCUGCACUUACCAGUGGGCUACCACGGCCGUGCUUCCUCCGUCGUGGUGUCUGGCACCCCAAUCCGCAGGCCCAAGGGACAGAUGAGACCCGAUGACUCUAAGCCUCCUGUGUAUGGUGCCUGCAAACUCUUGGACUUCGAGUUGGAAACAGCUUUCUUUGUAGGCCCCGGGAACAAAUUUGGAGAGCCGAUCCCCAUUUCUAAGGCCCAUGAGCACAUUUUUGGAAUGGUCCUUAUGAACGACUGGAGUGCUCGAGACAUUCAGAAGUGGGAGUACGUCCCUCUUGGGCCGUUCCUCGGGAAGAGUUUUGGAACUACCAUCUCUCCGUGGGUGGUGCCCAUGGAUGCUCUUAUGCCCUUUGCUGUGCCCAACCAGGAGCAGGACCCCAAGCCCCUGCCGUAUCUCCGCCACGACCAGCCCUACACGUUCGACAUCAACCUCUCUGUCACCCUGAAAGGAGAAGGAAUGAACCAAGCAGCUACCGUAUGCAGGUCCAAUUUUAAGUAUAUGUACUGGACGAUGCUGCAGCAGCUCACUCACCACUCUGUCAAUGGCUGCAACCUGCGGCCGGGGGACCUCUUGGCUUCUGGAACCAUCAGCGGGCCGGAGCCAGAGAGCUUCGGCUGCAUGCUGGAGCUGUCGUGGAAGGGAACGAGGGCCAUAGAGCUGGGGAAUGGACAGACCAGGAAGUUUCUGCUGGACGGGGAUGAAGUCAUCAUCACAGGACAGUGCCAGGGGGACGGGUACCGCAUUGGCUUUGGCCAGUGUGCAGGAAAAGUGCUGCCUGCCCUCUCAGCGGCCUGAGGUUCUCUCUGCCUUCCUGGAAACACAAGCCUUCAGCACUGCCCUCUCCACCUCCCUGCGGGGGACCAGGGGCCCCCACUGAGGCCGCAGACCUGGUUCUUCAUUCAGUAAUAAAUAAAGCCAUCGUGCUCUCUCUCCAUCUGGGCCUGGCACGGCUCUGAGUGCGCAA